AUGUUUCUCUCUUCUAGUAUCCAACUGAUACUCCUGGUUUUCACCGACGUGGCAUACUGCAUUUCACUCAAGGGCCAAACGGUCGAAUUAAACGGAAUUUCAUUUUACCUCCCACCCAAGGUCCUCGGUACAUUUGGCUCCGAUGACAGUCCACUUGUCGCGAACCUGACGGAAGCCUUGUAUCCGAUCACCUUCGUAGACAUCGCUGGCAGUAAUAGUUCUCUGGAUGCUAUUGUUGCCGAUUAUCAAUCAAUGGAUGAUGUUUUCAAUAUUGGGUUUUUGAAAGUCAUUCUUCACAAUGGGCACUCCAAUGACGCUAUUCAGGACUUGCAGACGGCCAAGUCGAAAUAUGGAGUUGAAGCCGUAUUUCCAUAUGUGGUCGAUUCCUUCAACGUUUCCCUCCCUCCUGGGCCAUAUUUCUGGUCCCCAGCGUCAGGAAUAAUAAACGCCGCUUAUCGACUCUAUUCAGACAAACAAGGGGCCUUCACGCAAGGCCUGAUACCCUUGAGAGAUGGCUCUUACGAUGCGGUCCCUGCCGCUGUACCAGGAGCUGGGUCGAUGACUAUUGGGGUGCCGUCAAGGCUCUAUUCCACAAAGGACACGGCGAAGCCACUGGCAGGUGUACGUCUUGGAGUGAAAGACAUCUUCGAUGUUGCUGGCGUCAAGUCCAGUGGUGGGAAUAGGGCGUACUAUCAACUUUCUCCUCCCGCAAAUGCAACAGCCCCCGCUAUCCAGAAGCUAAUCGAUGCUGGAGCUAUUCUGGUUGGAAAAAUGAAGACUAGUCAAUUCGCGAAUGGAGAGUGGGCCACAGCUGAUUGGGUUGAUUACCAUGCUCCAUUCAACCCACGAGGAGAUGGUUAUCAAGAUCCGGGAAGCUCAAGCAGUGGUCCGGCAGCUGGAGUGGCGUCAUACGACUGGCUCGACCUGACCGUAGGAACAGACACCGGAGGCUCCAUACGGGUUCCUGCUGGUGUCAAUGGUGUCUACGGAAUCCGACCUUCACACGAUUUAGCGUUGCUGAAAGGGAUCAUACCUCUCUCACCUGAGAUGGAUACAGUCGGAAUGCUGGCCCGAAACACAACACUAUUGAAAGAAGCUUCGAAAAUACUAUAUGGCGGUCUCAGGGCCAACACCUCUCUGCCCCGAAAACUAUACCUAGUUGACUUUCCCGCUAACCGAUCGAGCCAAAGCGAUACUCUACUUUCAGAUUUUGCUGAAUCACUGGCAGAUAUUCUCCAAACCACUGCUAAAGUCUUCGAUAUAGAAAAGCUAUGGAACUAUACUGCCCCGAACGAGGCAAACGGUGCCAGACUUGUUGAUUUUGUUGGUGAUGUUUUCCCACUGUUGAGUGCAAAGGAGCAAUAUGAUCUAGUGGGAAGCAAACUAUACACACAUUAUAAAGAAGAGAAUGAAGGCCGGUUACCUUUCAUUGACCCAAGUCCCUCGAUCCGAUGGACUUGGGGAACAGAACAAUCAAACGCAUCUAUAGACGAGGCAUUUCACAAUCUGAGCAUCUUUAAAAGCUGGUGGCAUUCUCAUGGGCAGGCAGGCGGCGCUGAUUCAUGCUCCGAUUCUCUGUUUGUCUACCCUCAAUCGACCGGAGAAACAAUAUAUCGAGAUGGCCCAUACCCAAUUGAUGCACCCGGAAUCCCGUCAGGCUUUGCAAUCGAUCGUGUUCCUUCGUUCGUAGGUUCGCCUGAUUUCGCAUUGCCUAUUGGAGAAAGUGAGUACUACUCAAGGGUCAGUAACCGAACGGAAGUACUGCCUGUUGCGGUUGAUAUAAUGGGAGGCAAAGGG